CCAAGCCCCGCCCGCAGCCAGUUGCUCAGUUGUCAGAGAGCGGCCGAACCCUUCGCUGCAGCCUUGGGGUGGAGCAGGAGGCCUGGCCGGGCCUCAAAGCACAGGACGGCACGGCACACACGGCAGGCCCCGGCAGUCACACGGCUGAAGGGGUGGCGCCUGGCCCGCCCGUUGCGGAUGGCGGCCGGCUCCGAGGCCGAGGGCUGGGCGGGCCCUGCCGCCGUGUGAGGCCGCCGGCCGAGCCCCACUCACCAUGCUGCGGCAGCUGCUGCACCGGGGCCUGAAGACCUGCUUCUACCGCCUGGGCUUUUUCAUCGGCAACCACCCGGUAUUCUUCGCCUCGGCGCCCGUGCUGCUCGCCAUCCUGUUCGGCGCCAGUUUCAGCCGCUACCGGGUGGAGGACAAUAUGGAGUACCUGUUCGCGCCGCGCCACAGCCUGGCCAAGAUCGAGCGCACUCUGGUCAACAGCCUCUUUCCCGUCAACCAGUCCAAGCACUUGCUCUAUUCGGACCUACAGAGCCCGGGGCCUUACGGUCGGGUCGUCAUCACCACCCUGGGCAGCAGUAGAGGGAGAGGCGGCGGCAACUUGCUCGACCCGCAGCACACACGGCUCAUCCUCCAGUUGCAUUCAUCUGUGACGCGGAUUCAGGUGCCAGUGUUGGGCUUCAACUACUCAUUUGCCCACAUGUGUAUUCUAAAGGACAAUAAGAUGUGCGUUCUGGAUGAUAUCGUGCACGUGCUGGAGGAGCUCAGGGCUGCAUGGGUGCAGAACCGCACGGGAAUCAUCAUCAAUUACCCAAAUACCUACCUUAAAGAUGGCCGAGAGGUCUUCAUCGGGCAUCAGCUUGGAGGAGUUACUCUGCAAAACAAAGACCGGGUGAAGUCUGCCCGGGCCAUGCAAAUCACUUACUACCUGCAAACCCGCAACUCUCUGAAUGACUUGGUGGCGGAGAAGUGGGAGUCGACUUUUUGCGAGACCAUUGAAAGUUUCCAGAAAUCCAAUAAGGAGCUGAAGCUCUAUCCAUUUACAUCUUCAUCGCUGAAGGAGGAUUUUCAGAAGAGCAGCCAUGUUUCGGAGUGGUACCUGGUGACCAGCCUGCUGGUGGUUUGGAUUCUGGCCAUGCUAUGCUGUUCCAUGCAAGACUGUGUUCGCAGCAAACCUUGGCUUGGACUCCUGGGUCUAGUGACUAUGGCUCUGGCCACUCUCACCUCGGCAGGGAUCAUCAACUUAAUGGGAGGAAAGUACAAUUCCACCUUCCUGGGGAUACCCUUCAUUAUUUUAGGACAUGGACUGUACAGCAUGUUUGAAAUGCUCUCGUCAUGGAGGGAGACCAUGGAGGACCAGCAUGUGAAGGAGAGGAUUGCCACUGUGUAUGCCGAUACCAUGCUGCCCAUUACCUUCACCACUGCUAUGUACAUGGUAACCUUUGGCAUUGGCGCCAGCCCCUUCACCAAUAUAGAAGCCGUGAAGGAGUUCUGUGUUAACACGUGCAUAUCUGUACUUUUUAACUACCUCUACCUGAUGGCAUUCUACGGCUCUAAUCUGGUUUUCACUGGUUACCUGGAAAAUAACUACCAGCACAGCAUUUUUUGCAGGAAAGUGCCAAAACCAGAUGAUCUUCAAGGUAAACCUGCCUGGUACAGGUUUAUCAUGAUGACCAAGUUCAACGAGGAGGCAACAGCUCCGGGUGACACGAGCACCUAUGAGAAUCAUUUCCUGCUUUGGUUUUUGAAACAGUAUUAUUGUGACUGGAUUACAAACACUUAUGUCAAACCUUUUGUGAUUCUGUUUUAUCUCAUUUAUAUCUCUUUUGCCUUAAUGGGCUACCUGCAGGUCAGUGAAGGAUUGGACCUCAAUAAUGUGGUGGCUACAGAGUCUCGCACUGUCUCAUAUCGCACUGUCCAGCAGAGGUAUUUUAGCAGCUACAGUCCAGUUAUUGGAUUUUAUAUCUAUGAACCAAUAGAGUACUGGAAUGCCAGUGUUCAGGAGGAUUUGCUGGAAAUAACUGAAGGGUUUGUUCGAAUAUCAUGGUUUGAAUCGUAUUUAACUUACCUUAAAAAACUGAAUGUUACCACUGCAGUGUCCAAAAACUACUUCUUGGAAACCCUGAGGAAUUCCUUCCUAAAGACUCCUCAGUACAGUCAGUUCCUGGAUGAUAUCAUAUUAGUCAGGAAACCCAACAGUGAACUGGAGGUGGUUGCGUCCCGCAUGUAUUUGGUGGCCAAAACUGCAGAAAACACCAGAGAAGAGAUUUAUGAUCUACUUGAGACUCUGAGAAAGCUCUCUCUGACGUACAAGGUGAAGUUCAUGAUUUUCAACCCAUCCUUUAUCUACAUGGAUCGAUAUGCUUCGUCGGUGGGAGCGCCCUUGCAGAACUCGUGCAUCAGUGCGCUGUUUGUUCUCUUCUUCACUGCGUUCCUGGUGGCGAACUCUUUGGUGAAUGUCUGGCUCAUUCUGACUGUAGCGUCAGUGGAGUUUGGGGUGAUUGGCUUCAUGACUCUGUGGGAAGUGGAAUUGGACUGUAUUUCUGUCCUUUGCUUAAUUUAUGGGAUAAACUACACCAUCGACAACUGUGCACCAUUCAUAUCUACAUUUGUCUUGGGUAAAGAUCUAACCAGGACGAAGUGGGUUAAAAAUGCUUUGGAACUGCAUGGAGUGGCCAUUUUGCAGAGCAACUUUUGCUACAUGGUCGGUAUUAUCCCACUUACUUCCGUGCCUUCUAAUUUGAUCUGCACACUAUUCAGGUGUCUGUUUCUAAUAGCGCUUUUCACCUUUCUCCACUGCUUUGCCAUUCUACCUGUGAUAAUGACCUUCGUGCCACCUUCUAAGAAGCGAGCGGAAAGGAAGAGCCCCAACAACCUGGAAGAGAUUGAGUGCAUGGAAAUGGUGGACCUGGAUGGGACCCGAGUGAUUGACCACAUCACCUCAGUCUGAUGGACAUGUGCAGCUAGGCCAUGCCAAUGGGAAUGGAGUGAAAGUGUAGGUGGAGUGGAGAAAAUCUAGCAUAGGGGAGAUGCAGGGGAAAAUAAAGACCUGAAACUGUCAGCAAGGAAACAAACUUAGCUCUGGCUGAUAGUUUUACAGAGAUCCUACAGCACAGAAACAGAUGAUUUGGCCAAACUGGUCUAUGUCGCUGAUUUAUGCCCGACACAUCUCCUCAGAUCCACUUCAUCUCCUCUUAUUCCUUUCUCCCCCAUUCAAUGUAUCAACCAAACUACUCUGUGAGGCAUUGCCAGUCCCUGGGUAAAAAUGUUCCCUGCUGGAUUUAUUCUUUCCUUGCAUUAAUGGCCGCUGGUUUUGGCCUCUCCCACAUUUGUGUUCUAAACCUCUUUGCAAUUGCCUACACUGAUCACCCAGGAUACUGUGACUAGCUCAGGGCUGGAUUGCAAGAAUUAGACCAGUCAUCUGCUCACCCAUGCCCUUGCAGAAUGGAACAGCUGCUCUGCAGGUAAAACCCAAGGUGAUCUGGUGGAGGUACUGCCCGAGUAUGCUAGUUGUUAGUUGUACCAUUAAAUCCCUGAUAAAAGAUGUCACUUUUGAACUUGGGAACUAUGAGACGCUGGGAAGAGUCUGAUUUUGUGACCUUUCCUAGUGUGUCUGUUUAAUUAGUUAAAUGAUUCUAGAAUCAGUUAGUCUUUUCUAGGUUUCAAGUACAAUUAAUAAGGCUGGAUAUUGUCAGAGGGAGAAUUGUAGAUUAAGUCCAUAAUUCUCAGAUAUUGAGUUCUAACAGUAGCUAGAUUUAAAAGACUUUAACAAAUAAAUUAGAUUAUUCAUGGAACUUAACUUACCCGAUUGUCCUGUAUACGACAACAAGCACAUACUGAGGAGCAAGUGAUAUUGUCUUGAAUUUGAGUUAACAAACAGAUUUGAGGAGAAGUAGCAGAAGAUUACUCAAUCCCAAUGUACAGAUCCUCUGAUUUGGCACAAAUUUCAUAUAGGUACUUUUUCAAGGAAUUAAUCUGUUAGUUAUUACAAAUUGCAUUCGUUCUGAUCAAUAAUAGAUAAAAUGCUGCUUUUAUUUCCUGAUAAGUGUUGCACGUUUACCUCCUAAUUGCUGAAAUGUUUUAUUAGUGGAAAGGGUGGAUGAUAUAUUACAAACUGCUGGUAGGAUGACUAUUACACAUUAAGGAAUUGUUCAGAAACAUUCAGGUUGGGCUUCUGCACGCAAAUAGUGUUCACACUGUCGGACUGUAAAUAUAUAACUUUUUAUGGAGCUGCUGCCACAUUAUUUAUGCACUGAGCACAUUGUGAUGCUGAUCUGCAACAAUCAGCCCAUUCAGAAAUUUGGACACUUUUCUUAAAAAUAGACAUUAACUAACAGUAACUAACGCGUUAGUUACUGAACAUAUCCUACACAAGGAAUUUUCCUCAAAGUGAAAUGUUGGGUGUCAUUUCAUGUUAGAGACACAAUCAGGACUUCUAAAUCAUGUAGUCUCUUCCUGUCAAACAUUUAUUUCUAUAUUAGCAAUACCCUCUUUAUUUUGGGACAAAUAGGAGCUUUUCUGAGUCUUAGUAAUAACAUUGGAUUAGCACAUGGGGAGCAGGUGCCUCAUAACUGAUCCUUCAUAGGUCAUUCCCAAGUCUUUAAACAAGGAUCUCUAGACACCGUUUUGUAAAUCAUCUUUAUAUUUUGAUAUUAAAAUUGCAUGAAAAAAUAUCGCUACCACUUUUUUCAUGAUAUUAAAUCUUGCCUUCAUUAGCUGGGACAUAGAAUGUAAGUGCAUGGAGGUUAAGGUAACCUUAUAAAUGUCACAGCUGGAGUUCUGGUCACCCUACUACAGGAGGGGUGUGAUUGCACUGGAGAUGGGGCAGAGGACAUUCAUCAGGAUUUUUAUUGGGAUGGAGAUUUCAGUUGUGAGGAGAGAUUAGAAGGGCUGGGAUUGUUUUCCUCAAACAAGGCGAAGCUGAGAAAGGACCUGAUGCAAAAUUAUAAAGGGCACUGAUAAGAUACAUGAUAAGCGGCUUCUCCCCUGAACAGGGGUGUCAAAAAUCAGAGGUCAUAGGUUUAGGAUAGGGAAUAUGAAAUUCAGAGGAGAUUUGAGGGUGAGUUUUUUUCCAUUGAGAAGAUCAUAUCUGAAGCCUGCUGCCUGAGGAAAUUUUGGAGGCAGGUACUCUCACAGCAUCUAAAACGUGUCAGGACAGGUACAUAAAUCACCAAGGCUUAGAAGGCUGCAAACCAACUGCUGGCAAAUUGGGUUAGUGUAGAUUGGGUCAGCAUGGAGAUGAUGGGUUGAAGGGCCUGCUUCUGAGCUUUAUGACUCUACAAUGCAGAAUCAUGCCGUGCAGUCCACCAAGUCCACUCUGACCAACAAGCACCCAUAAAUGAGGCCCCAGGUAAAAGGUUGUUGCC